ACCCCGGGGCGACCGCGGCGCGGGCCUCGCAGACUCCGCGCGGCAGAGCGGCGUGCAGCACGGCGCAGAGCACAGCCGCGGCGCGGCCCACCACGAGCAGCCCGAGGACACGGUACCCGCCGCGCACCAUGACCCGCUGGACCAGGCUGCUGCUGCUGCCGGCCCUGCUGGCGUGCCUGUGGCCUUCCCCCGGCCCCGGGCCCUCCGCGUCCCUGGUGCAGGCGGCGCCCUGGGACGGCAUCGUCGGCUUCCUGCAGGCGGUGGCGCGGCUCCAAGAGAGGCCCAUCGUCCGGCCCGAAUCGGCGGAGGACGAGUCGGAGGAGGAUGACGACAGGCCCCUGCGGAAGAUUGUAUACGCCGUGGAGGAACAGGUGUCUGACAACGACGUCACUGCGAACGCCAGUGUGGUGGUGUACGACAGCCUGCUACCGGCCACGCCCCGACCAGUUGGUGAGGUGGACUUGGACACGACCCACGCCAGAGGCAAACGGUCUGUGGAGGAGCCCACUACAGCCGUGAGCGACAAGGCGACCGGCAGAGCCACGGGCGCCAUCGCCACGCGCCCUUUUCUAAUCGGACGUAGACUCUGGUAUGUUCCAUUGUGGUUCAGUGUUUACCUCAUCCUGUACAUUCUGGCACUGACUGUGAAAUCAGUUGCAAGGCACAGGAUAAAAUAUCCCACCCUUGUAGCGGAAGAUGCAUUUCUGAAACGGAGGAAUGGCUAUGUAAAACCGGACAGUUUAACAAGAAGAGUAACCAAUGCCAUUACAAAUGCAGAACGGAGGUAUCAAGGACAAUGGACCAUGUAAAAUAUAUCCUGGAAAAAUUCUGUUAAUGCACACGGAUGUUAUCAAUGUGUUGAUUUAACAGGCAAAAAAAAUAAAUCAAAACCAGAAUAUUGA